AUGCCCCCCAAGUCCUUUUCCAACCUCUCCGAGGCUCAGGGCGCGAAUCUCAGCGCUCCCGACCCGGGGGCUCAAGCCGAGGACCUCUUGCCUGUCGCCGACGGGACCCCCGCCAAGUUGGUGAUCCGCUGCGUGAUCCCGUCCCUCUACCUGCUCAUCGUCACGGUGGGCUUGCUGGGCAACGUCCUGCUGGUGAAGAUCUUCAUCACCAACAGCGCCAUGAGGAGCGUCCCCAACAUCUUCAUCUCUAGCCUGGCCGCCGGGGACGUGCUGCUGCUGCUCACCUGCGUGCCGGUGGACGCCUCGCGCUACUUUUUCGAUGAGUGGAUGUUCGGGAAGGUGGGCUGCAAACUCAUCCCCGUCAUCCAGCUCACGUCCGUGGGGGUUUCGGUGUUCACGCUCACCGCGCUCAGCGCGGACAGAUACAGAGCCAUUGUAAACCCCAUGGAUAUCCAGAAAUCAGGGGCGGUGCUGUGGACCUGUGUGAAGGCAGUGGGCAUCUGGGUAGUCUCUGUGCUGUUGGCAGUUCCUGAAGCCGUGUUUUCAGAAGUGGCUCGCAUUGGCAGUUUGGAAAACGGCAGCUUCACAGCAUGCAUACCCUACCCUCAGACAGAUGAAUUACACCCAAAGAUUCAUUCAGUGCUCAUCUUCUUGGUCUAUUUUAUCAUACCACUUACUAUCAUUAGCAUUUAUUAUUAUCAUAUUGCCAAGACCUUAAUUAAAAGUGCACAUAAUCUUCCUGGAGAAUAUAAUGAGCAUACCAAGAAACAGAUGGAAACACGGAAACGUUUGGCUAAAAUCGUGCUGGUCUUUGUGGGAUGCUUUGUCUUCUGUUGGUUUCCAAAUCACAUCCUCUACCUGUACAGAUCUUUCAACUAUAGAGAGAUUGAUUCAUCCCUAGGCCAUAUGAUUGUCACAUUAGUUGCCAGGGUUCUGAGCUUUUGCAAUUCUUGUGUCAAUCCAUUUGCUCUUUAUCUACUCAGCGAAAGCUUCAGGAGGCAUUUCAACAGCCAACUUUGUUGUGGAAGGAAGUCAUUUCAAGAAAGAUCAACUAGCUACUUACUCAGCACCUCUGCAGUUCGCAUGACAUCUCUGAAAAGCAACACUAAAAAUGUGGUGACCAAUUCUGUCUUACUAAAUGGGCACAGUAUGAAGCAGGAAAUGGCGUUGUGAUUUUGACCGUUCGACUUAAUAUCUGGAAAGAACUUUCUAUUUUAAAUCUAUUGAGCAGAGCAGAAUUAAACUGUUUUCUCAUUCUGAUUAUCAUUAUUCAACUAACUAAUUCACGAAAGGAUUCUGUGAUUGAUUCAGAAAGGGC